AUGGGGCAUAGGCUAAUCGCUUCAUUUUCGGAUACCGCAUCUUGGCAUCCAAAAGACGCUUGCCCGCGUAAAAUACUGGCCAUUGCGUUCUGUUCUCUUCCCGGAUUAAGGAUGCAUUUUGGUUUAUGCAAUGCACCUGCCACUUUUCAAAUAUGCAUGAUGUCCAUCUUUCAUGAUAUGGUAGAGGAAUUUCUGGAAAUUUUUAUGGAUGAUUUUUCAGUUUUUGGUUCUUCUUUCGAUGCAUGUUUGAAUAAUUUGGCUUUAGUUUUGCAGAGAUGUGAAGACACUAACCUAGUUUUAAAUUGGGAGAAGUGUCAUUUUAUGGUGCAGGAAGGAAUAGUUUUGGGUCAUAAAAUCUACCAAAAAGGGAUUGAAGUGGAUAGAGCAAAGGUUGAAGUGAUUGAAAAAUUACCUCCACCUACAUCAGUGAAGGCUGUGAGGAGUUUCCUUGGACACGCCUUCCUCACUCUGAAGGAGAAGCUUAUCACUGCACCAAUUAUGGUGGCACCCGAUUGGAGUUUGCCAUUUGAACUGAUGUGUGAUGCUAGUGAUGUAGCUAUUGGUGUUGUCCUUGGUCAAAGAAAAAAACAAGUGAUUGUCUACACUGACCAUUCGGCCUUGAGAUAUUUACUUGCUAAGAAAGAUGCCAAACCUAGGUUAAUUAGAUGGAUCUUGUUGUUACAAGAAUUUGACCUAGAAAUUAGGGAUAAGAAGGGUGUAAAGAAUGUGGUUGCUGAUCAUCUGUCUAGGAUAGAGGACACAAAUCCUGAAAUAGGAGAUGAAAUACCAAUCAGAGAAGAGUUUCCUGACGAACAGUUAUUUGCCAUUCUAAAUGCAUAUAUUCCAUGGUAUGCACAGUAUACAAAUUAUAUUGUCACAGUCGACUAUGUUUCUAAGUGGGUGGAAGCUGAGGCACUUAGGACAAAUGAUACUAGGGUGGUAGUUAAAUUUUUAAAGAAACAUAUUUUUAUUAGAUUUGGCACCCCUAGGGCAAUUAUUAGUGAUGGUGGGAUGCAUUUUUGUAAUAGACAGUUUGAUAAUCUUUUGAAAAAAUAUGGGAUCACACAUAAGGUUGCCACUCAUUAUCACCCACAAACUAGUGGCCAAGUAGAGGUAUCUAAUAGGGAACUGAAACAAAUUUUAGAAAAGACCGUUACCUCUAGAAAAGAUUGGUCUUUGCGAUUGGAUGAUGCAUUGUGGGCAUAUAGAACAGCUUUCAAAACCCCCAUUGGUAUGUCCCCAUAUAGACUAGUUUUUGGGAAAGCAUGCCAUCUCCCUGUUGACCUUGAGCAUUGUGCAUAUUGGGCUACAAAAUUUCUUAACUUUGAUAUUCAAGUUGUAGGUGAGAACAGGUUGCUGCAAUUGAAUGAGAUGGAUGAAUUUCGGAGUCAUGCUUAUGAAAAUGCAAAGCUCUAUAAAGAGAGAACAAAAAAAUGGCAUGACAAGCAUAUCACGAAAAGAGAGUUCGUCGAAGGGGAAAGGGUGUUGCUCUAUAAUUCUAGACUCUGA